GAUACUGAAGAAUAACUUAUUAAAGAAUAUGAAGAAAUAUGGAAAGACAUGGAAGAAUAACUCCCCUGACAGAGGAUGUUCUGAUAACAUUAGGAACAGAAGAGUUCCAAAAAUUAAGACAUGAUCUUGAAAUGGUACUAUCUACCAUUCAGUCAAAGAGAAAGUUAAAGGAAGACCUAAAAAGGGAACAAUGGUUGGAUGAACUGCAACAAAUAAUGGAAUCUCUUAAUGCACUUUACAGUGAAUUGAAAAAUCAGUUUGUGACAUUUUCUGAAACAAAAAUCUUUAGUGAGCUGAAAACUAAAAUGCUUAAUAAAAAAGCAUUCAAGGAGAAACUCUUGAUUACUUUGGGUGAGUUUCUAGAAGACCAUUUUCCUCUGCCUGAUGGGAAUGUUAAAAAGAAAAAGAAAAACAUUCAAGAAUCAACCAAACAGUUGAUAACAACGCAUGAAAUAUUAGAGAUUCUUAUAAAUAGAUUAUUUGAUGGUUCACAUGAUCCAUAUGUCAAAAUCAGUGAUUCCUUUUGGCCACCUUAUAUUGAGCUGGUGCUGCGUAAUGGAAUUGCCUUGAGACAUCCAGAAGAUCCAACCAGAUUGAGAUUAGAAGCCUUCCAUCAAUAAAAGGAUGUUCUUUUUUCAUAACAGGAAAGAAUCUUUUCAUCUAAGGAUAAUGGAAACAGGACUAUUUGAAUAAAAGAAUAUUAUUUGCAAAUCGAAGUAAUAGCUUAUCUUUCUUUUAUCCUUAAGUGACAUGUAUUGCCAUUUCUUCAUUUAAAAAAUGGUCCUUUCUUAUUCAU